AUUUAUUAUCAUAGUGAUAACUAUCGAAAAAUAAUGUUUUAAUAUAUAUCUACUAUGAUAAUUAAUAUCACAUACGAGCUGGCAUGAAUUUUUUUAUUUUAUAUUUAGUGAUAAUUUAAAAUAAUCAACUAUUUUUGGAGUGGAAUUUUUAUUUUUUAUACAAAUGUUAUUAUUGAUAUUUUUAGACACUUAAAAAAUAAAGUAUUUUUAUUAGUUUAAAGUUAAAUUAGUUAUGUUUUAAAUUUAUUAGUCUGUACAAUAUGUAAUUUUUUCUAUCGUGUUUUAUUUACAAUAUCUUCAAAUGAAAUUAAAUAAUGAUUCCUAAUCCUCAAUUGAUUUUAUGAAUAUCCAUAUUAUUUUAAUUUAUUAAAAGUGUCUACUAUUGAAUUUCGUACUAUAAACAUAAUAUAAUUCAUUAAGCAGAAUAAUUGAGAACGACAUGUCUUUAUCUUUAAUAUUUCAAUGUUCAUCACCUUACAAGUUUCAAAUACAAUCUUCGUGGUGGAAGUUGAAAUAUAUGUAUAUAAAACCUAAUAUCUUAAAGAAUUGUGGGCAUAGAAGAUUUUCAUGAUGUUCCAACUGUGAAGGACUUUUAUUGUGUUACAUCAAUGUUUCUUUUUGAUAAAAAAAAAUUGAUGUAUGUACUGUUGUACAUACAUUAAAAGUAGCUCAAGCUAUCACAUAAAUUUAAGAUUAGUCUAAUCAAAUUUGGAGAUGUGGUGGCGUUUUGAACGAUAUCGAGGAUAUACUUCAGCUGUAGGUUCUACCAUGGGAUCUACUGCUAGUAUUUUAAUGAUGACAGUGUCGUCUGUUGCUAAUCAAAAGAAGAAAAAAACGACAACAUUAGGAGGAAUUACUAUUUUAACUUUGAUGUUUUUAAUAUACUAUAGCGGGCUUUACUCUAGUUCAACUAACACAUCAUCAAAUUAUUUGUUAGUAGUACCUGUUGGAGAUGAUAAUUCAAUAUCUCAAAGUUCUUUUAUUUCAGCUCUCCACUUAACUGAUAAAAAGUCUCAGGGAAAUGAAAGUGUAAUAACAAAUGAAAAAGUAAAAAAGUUUACUGAAGGCUCAACAUCUAAAAAAAAUUUGGCUACAACAUCUGCUGAAAUUUAUGAAAAAGGUUUUCGUUUAGAAGGUAGAAAUAUAUGUACUGAACGCACUCGAUUAUUAAUAAUAAUUACAAGUAGUGUAGCACAUAAUCAUGCAGAAAAUCGUAAAGCUAUUCGAAUGACUUGGAUGUCCCGUUAUGGAGAUCAUGUAUCUACAGCAUUUUUACUAGGCAUUCCUAACAAAACUGAUGCGCCUAAAGCUAAAAAAAAUGGAGAAAUAAAUGAUAAUUCUUGGGAAUAUUUUUCUCCAAUUGCUGGUGACAAUGAUGAAAAUGUUAUAAACUUGUCAGAUGAAAAUUUAUCACCAGACAUUGAUUGGGAACUUCAAAAAAGAAUUCUAUUAGAAAAUAGGAAAUAUAGAGACAUAGUACAAACAAAUGUUAGAGACACUUAUUCUAAUUUAACUCUCAAAUCAAUAGCAGCUUUAGAAUGGAUACAAGAAUUUUGUCCAUCAGCACAUUAUGUAUUGAAAACUGAUGAUGAUAUGUUUAUUGAUGUUCAAAGAUUAUUAUUAUUCAUUCAUAAUUAUGAAAUAAACGAAUGGAAAAAAAAAAGAAAAAAACCUGAAGAUGUGUUACUUGACAAAAAACAAACUAAAACUUUAGUUAAAAAUUCUAACUUGACUAAAAAUAAUACAUUGGUUUCUUCUGAUUUAUCAUUUUCUCAUAAUCCUCAAAUUUCUCUUGUGAGUGAUGAACCUGUUAUUUGGGGUCGAUUAGCCAAGAAUUGGAAACCAAUCAGGCAGCCUUCUUCCAAGUAUUUUGUAAGUCGUCAGCAGUAUAAAAAACCUGUAUAUCCUGACUUUUGUACAGGACCAGCUUAUCUUUUAUCUCGAGGUACUGUGAAACCACUUUAUGAGCGUGCUUUAGGUAUAACUGAUAAAACAGCUCUUAAUUUAUCAUCUACUAAUCAAUCAAAAAUUAUUUCUAAUUUGCCAUAUUUGAAAUUAGAAGAUGUUUUCCUCACUGGUAUUGUUGCACAAAGUUUAGGCAUUCCACGUAAACAUAAUGAAGCUUUUGCUAAUAAACGUUUAAGUGGUCGUCAACUUGAAAAAUCAAUCUGUUUUUCUAAUAAAUCAAAACUAAAUGUGGAUGAAGCAACAUUAUCAAAUGGAAAAACAUUAUAUACAAAACAAAAAUUAGCUUAUAAUAAUAUAAUUUCAAUUCACAUGGUAAAAUAUCAUGAGCAAUUUGACCUAUGGCGAAGAUUAAUGGAUGGACGUACUAAAUGCAAAUGAAAGGCUGAACUUUAAAUUUCAAGCUAUAAGUUGUUGAAUAAAAAAAGUUAUUAGUUAAAGUUUAGUAUAUUAUGAUGUUGAAACUUGCAUAAACUACUCACAUAGAACUUGUACUUUUAUUAACUUAAUUUACUUAAUGAUAUGUUUUAAUGAAAAUAUGAGUUUAUUUUUUAGAUUAUAAUAUGCAUUAUUUCCUUUGAAAUUAUCACUUCCACAUUUUUCUAAAUAAAUGUUACAUUAGCAAUAACAAAAAUUUACUUAUCUUUUGUAAUAUUGAUUAUUUAUGUUAUAGUUAUAUAUUUUGUAUACUAUUAUGUUAGAUAUUUUACAUGGGUCCAUAAUAUACUCAUUGAUACAUUUUUAUCCUUAAAAAUUUUAUCAUAUAAUAUUUAUUUUUUUAUUAAAAGUUUUACCAAAAUUUAUAAGUUAAUAUAUAAGUGAUUUAUCAAGCAAAUUUUAUUUAUUAAAUAAUGAUUUUCUCAUAAAGUUGUAUAGAUUAAAAUUUAUUAUUAUAAACUAUUGUAAAUGUAAAGUUUAUUGUAAAAAAAAAUUAUUCCUAAGGGUAGAUCAAGAGUAAAUAUCAAAAGUUAAACAGGAACUUGUUAUUAUUAUUAUUAUUGAAUAGAAAAUGUUCUAAAUAAUAUUUUGACUGGUCAAUAUCCAAUUUUUGAGAUAUUAGAAUUCAAAGAUUUAGAAAAGGUGAGAAAUGAGAUAGUGUUGAGCGACACUUCAUUUUUACCAUAACACACGGGUGAAAAUUCUUCUAUAAUGUGAAGCCUAUUUUUGCUUAUAACUAAAAAUUAUAAUAACUCAAUAAGAAAUAAUAUAAAAUUGGUAAUCGACCAAUCAAAAUAUUAUUUUUUGAACAUUCUCCAUUUUAUAUGUAAAAAAAUAAUAACGGCGUUCCAUUUAACAGUUAUCCCUAAAAUCUACUCUUAGGAAACAUUUUUUCUUACAAUAAACGUUACUUUUACCAUGGUUCAUAAAAAUUAAUUUAAUUUUUAUCUUUACAUUUUUAUGAUAAAAACAUUAAUUAAAGAAAAUAGGGGUAGUAUGCUUCAUAAAUCAUCCUGUGUAUAUUUCAUUAACUAAUAUUUUUAAGAACCGUAUUAAGAUAAGGUUGUUGAAAUUGUACUUUAAUUACUAAAUAAGGUUAUAUGUAUGUAUAUUUUUUUAUUCAAAUUUAAAUUAUUAUUUUUAUUUAAUUUUAUUUGUAUAAGAAAUAUUUAUUAUUUUUGUGAGUUACUGUUAUGCAUAGAGUAAUCAUAAAAACCUAUUUUAUUUAUUCUUGUAACUUAGAAUUUUAUUUAAAAGGAAAUAUUUUGUUUUGUUAUCUUUUUAAUAUUAAUUUAAUUUUAAAUUUCAGUAAAAAUUAUGCCCUU